CACCUUCGCGUCUACUUCCGACUAGAGUACAACUAGAAACAAGUCCAGACAUGCCCCUCGCCAAAGAUCUGCUGUUUCCCACCUCUGAGGAGGAGAGAAGGAGACACAAGAAGAAACGUAUCGUGCAGAGUCCAAAUUCCUAUUUCAUGGAUGUCAAAUGCCCAGGUUGCUACAAAAUCACCACCGUGUUCAGUCAUGCUCAGACUGUGGUGUUGUGUGUCGGCUGCUCAACGGUGCUCUGCCAGCCUACGGGUGGUAAAGCUCGCCUUACAGAAGGAUGUUCGUUCAGGAGGAAACAACACUAACUUGGAUCAGUGUGAUGCAGUUGAGAACGACCCAAACUUUUUCAUUCGUGCUGCGGUUGAAGCAUCAAGGGAUGGAGCGCAAGAAAGCAAGAUAAUGUGAAAAAAAUAUUAAUGGGGGUAUUUGGUGUUCUUUUGCCAUGUCGUCAACAACUUAGAAUAGUGGUACCUCUGCAUACGAAGUUAAUUCGUUCCAGGACCUUGUUUGUAAGUCGAAAUGGUCGUAUGUGGAGCAGGAUUUCCCCCAUAAAAACACAUUGAUUCCAUUAAUUCGUUCCACAGCCCGAAAACCUACACUCAUCCCUUAAUAAAUACUUCUGGUACUAUUACAAAUGGCAAUUACACAUAGCAAAACAAACAAACAAACAAACAAACAAACAAAUAAUAAAUAGAAAUCGGAAUAAUAAUAAGAUAAUAAUUAUAAUUCCUCUAAAAAUGUAAUGAAUCGGGUUCUAAUGUGGAAGACGUGUUUUGCAUGCUGUACCUGAACGCACCGGGUGGUUGACGUGCUAGAGUAAGAAAGGUGCAGCUGAGAAUUUACUUUCUCUUUUAACGUUCAGUUGUUGCUGGCGUCAACUGCGGCGGACAGUGGGCGUGUUGUGUUGCACAAGUUCUGAAAUAAAUUAUUUAAAACCUGACGGAGCUGGCGAUCUUUUUAAUAAUUGUCUCUUUAAUUUAUAAAGACUGGUGAACGGAGGUCGGAAGAGUAUUGUCGAGCCAUUUCACGGAUAAGACCACCACGCUCAUAUUUUUCUACCAUUUUCAUCUUUAUUUCAAUGGUAACCGUCACCUUUUUUCACCACUUGCACUAACCUUCUCGGAACCUGUGUUGAUUUCUAAAGAAAGUCCGCCGUGCGUCCGUCUUGCUGCAAAACGAACAAACUACGGCGCUGUCAUAAAUUAUCGUAUUUCGAGCAUUUCGUCGGGUUCAGAAACAAAUGCUGAGUCAAAUUUUACGCCGGAUGUCGAAAAGAUAGCGUGUCGAAGCGAUCGUAUGUCGAGGUACCACUGUAGUUCUCUUUCAAAUAAACCGAUUCAAUAGCGGCGUGACAUUACAUCUGCAGCUGAAAUUACCAUUGACCAUUUGACAAACCCCAACAGCUGUGUAUACGUGGUUAAAAGUAAACAGACAAGUUUGAACCUAA